CUUCACGGCUGUAUCAAGUUGCGCGGCAAGGACGACAACAAAAUAUUUCCUUUACGCUACAAUAGCUUCAGCUCCGACAACCAAAAUAUCGUCUCUUGUCAACCAAUACGAUCCUGACACAGCACUCCAGCUGACUAAGGGGUCAAAAUGAGUUGACAUAGGUGCAUCAAAAUUGUCGUACGGUGUAUAAGUGAUAUCUGUUCAACAAACUUUGUCAUUUGGAGUUCAUAUUACUGACCGAUGGUUGAUCCGAUCCGUUGUUUAGAGUCUGAGAUCAUCGAUCUGAGCUGAGUUGUAAUAGCUGUCGUUACUGGAAAUACUCUCAAGCAGAAGCAAUCAGGAAGUGGUAUGUAUGCCUUAGCUUUGAUCUCGUUUUAAGUUAUGUACGCUUAGAAAUGUGGGCUUAAACCUUGUCACGUACUGGUAUGAUACGUGCUGACACAGACUCCUUAUAUAUCUGAUCGCGCAAAAACUCGGUAGAAGCUUUCCUUUUAUUCUUUCAUUUGUUGGCUUUUUUCUGAGAUUGUUUGCCCUAUUUUCUUGAGUAUAAAGCUACUUAACUCAUACACUUCAGCGCCACUAUCACAAUAUUUCAAAGUAAUUGAUUUUAAUUCGUUAUUUUUUAGCCACUGUAGGUAGGCGCCUAGAUCACAUGUAGAUCACUUCCUUAUCGCUGUUCAAAGCCAUUGAUCUAACACGAUUCAAAGUAAACAGGAUCUUUAUAAUGCUGUAACGAAUCCAGACUGGUUGUAAAUAUUUGUAAAGUCUCUAUUACAAGACAAAUCCCUUAGGGGUCCCCAAUCAGGGCGACUGUGUUCCCACCACAGGCAUACCAUUAGCAUUAGGCAGAGUUUAGCAAGGACAACACAGCCUCAAGUCAAACGCAAAGGACUGAAGGCCACUUCCGGUGAUCAGUUGACCGCUCUUCCAUUGGUCAAGCCUGGUUUUAGAACUGCCAGGACUGCCGUCACUGUUGUGGUGUUGCCUUUUGUUAAUCUGACUACUUGUCAGUUUGUGUGAAGGUUACUGUGUUUUAUCAAUAUUAAGUUUUAAAAAAGUGAUAUGUCACGUAAUACUAACUGAAAUUAUCAAAUGAAAGCAUUAACUCUUUAGUCUCAAUUGUGACCAACAUCAAUUUUCUCCUAACGAUAUCCAUACAAUGUCAGGAGAUUAGGUUAUGAGAAUUAAUUAAAUGAUCACCAAAGAGAAAGUGCUGUGAUCUUUUCUCAAAUUCUCUCAACUUAUUUUUUAAAGAAAUGUAUAGAGAUCAGUUUGGAGAAUUGGCUUGUGGAAAUUGGGGCUUAAAGGGUUAAGAAAGUGCUCAGAAACAUUCAGACUUUUGUUAUAAAAUUGCAGUCAAAUCUCGUUAAUAUGGACACUGAGCAAGGCUGUGCUCUUAAAGGAAAAUUGAAGGGAUCCCAGUGCUCCGCCUCUGGACUUGUAAAAUCUACAACCCUGGUCAAAACGUCUUGGGACACUUGAGGAAAUUAGGCACAAAGACGCACUUUGCUAAAUCAACUUCAACUUCAACUUCAACUUUUAUUUAAAUUUCGAAAUAUAACAAAAGAUACAUUGGGACUGGCCUGCAGUUAGCGAGGUUAUUCGAGGCAGGCCAAGCUACAUAAUGUACUAUACUACAAACUAGACAAAUACAAAGAAAUUAGAUGUUAUAUAAUUAUAUAUAUUUUACAUUAAAUAGAUACUAUUCUACUUAAAUGCAAGGACAAUAUUAAAGUGAAGUUUUAAAAAUUAAAUAAAAUGAAAAUAAAGGACAAGAGAAUUACUUUUUCAUUUUCACAAUGAUCGUAUCCACAUCAAUAUAGGAGUCUUCAGUUUCAAGGAUAUCGAGUAGCAUUUUUUUAGUGAUCUUUUAAAAGCUUUUUUCGGUCUUUCUUUAAGAAUUUGAGGUAUCCCAUUCCAAAUUUUGACCCCAACACGCGAAUGCUACUCAUAUUCUACUCAUAUUCUACCUCUUAAAAAAGCUUGGGGAUGUUGCUAUAAGGGGCUAUUUCUGUUGUCCCCCUCUCCCCCAAGCAGUGUUGAUUGUGUUGAAUUAAAACUUGAAUAAAGGGGGCAGGGAAGAUGCCUCAAUUUGACAUGCUAUUGCAUUAGUGUCCCAAGAGUUUUGACCAGGGUUGUAGGGUUGCCCAGCAUAUGAUUUGUCUGAAAAAAACUAAGAUUUUCUAGUCACCUGAGAGCAAAAGUUAGGCGCCAGGGGCCAGCAGGCUCUGCUAGAGCACAGCCAUGCUGAGGGGGCCAAAGGAAGUGUCCGUAUUAACAGGGUACUGCUCAUAUUAAGUGGGUUGCCCAUAAAAAUGAGGUGUUGUGUCAAAUAUAAAAUAAUGCUUUCAGAAAUCUAAAAUUGGAGAGAAAAAUGGAUAACUACAACAUUAAAAUAUACUUGAUCAUGGUUUUGAGUAAUGAGAUUAGAUUUUGAUCCAAAGGAGAAGCAGUACCCAUGCAUCUGUCAUUACUGUUCAAAGCUUGAUGACUGAUUACUUGUGUAGCCUGCAUUACAGGCGCUUUAUAAGCCAAGCAAGGCGAACACUGUGCACAAAAGGAGUGCAAAGUGUGAGACGAGGGGAGGUGAAAAAUGAAGCGCCUGUUACCAGUCCAUUGUUUUAGCUCUUCCCACAUUCACUACAUGAACAUUGCAUUCCAAUUGGUCAUUAAUGACGCGUUGUUCUGGCUUGUUUGUCUGGAACAAAAUAACUGUCACACAUUCAUGUUCUUUUGACGAUGCUUUUCGAGACACCUUUCACCUAUUUCCAAAUUUUCCAGAAAUUAAAAAAAAAAAAACAAAAGAAAUGUUUAAAUUUAUUGCUUAAGAGGAAAGAUAUUCUUGGAUUGCUUCCAUCUAGGCUAGGAAAAAGCCUGAUUUACUAACUUUUUUAAAUUAAGUGUUGAUAGGCCAAACGCGACUCAUAAGCUUUUGCCCUCACAGUAAUUUCCUGUGUUUUAUGGUGCUGUCAGUGUUCCUGGUAGCCCGAAAGGUGACAAUUUUUGAGUAAUAGGUUGUGUUUUGAUUGGUCCUUUUGACAUCACCACCGUCAGUCAAUACUUGUGAGCGUAGGUGGGCAGAAGAGCCAGAACAAUAGACUGGCAACAGGCGGUUUAUUUUUCUCGUCCCCUUGUCUUGCGCUUCGCACUUGUUUCUCGCUUUGCGCAAAAUACUGCGUUUGCCUCGCUUGGCUCAUAAAGCGCCUGUUAUGCAGGCUAUUACUUGUGUCAUUUAGUUAACUCCUCAAAAAAAGAAGGUUGGUAAGCCUGUGCUCUCAUCAAUUAAUUGUCAUUGUUGUCCUGAAUUUUUUGCCGUUACAUAAAAGUCACCGACAUGAGAUAUAACAAUAAAACUGUUUCUGACUCGAUUUCAUCUGAUUUUUACAUACAGAGCCACUAUAUAUGUCAUGGAUGGUUCCACCAGGCAUAUCCUGCCAGGAGAUGAUUUAGACUCUCCAAGUCAUCAAGAGAAUUUGCACUAUUACUUGGUUGAACACAAACGAUGGAAGAAGAAAACUUUACAAGCAAGAUGCUUGAUUGGUCUCAUGACAUUAAUUUGCUGUAUAUUAAUCGUGGUUUUAAUUGUGACUUAUGAAAGCGGACGUCGUAAAAGUUGGUCCACAAGUGAGUCCUCUAAAAAUGAAGCUGCAGAGACAACAAGUGAUAUCAACCUUAUCAAGUUUAUCCACUUAUCAGACGUUCAUUAUGAUCCAUUUUAUAACAAGAUGAUUUCAAGCAGCUCCUUCUGCCGACAACAGGUAUCAAAUAGCACGGCAAAGUACGUUGCUGAAUAUGGAAGGAUUGGAUGUGACUCCCCAGCAACACUGGUGGAAAAUUCCUUAGAUGCUAUGAAAAAUGUCAGUCAAGAGGAAGACAUUGCAUUUAUCUUGAUGACAGGUAGGCAGAUUUUAAUUCUCUGAAUAUUCUGGAAACGUGUUUCAGAUUCAGACUCUUGAUUGUUUACAGGGCAGUUGCUUACUUGGACUUUCUCACAAAAAAUAAAACAAUUUGUUAAGUAAAGUAAACACUUUAUUUAGCCUGCAGAAAUGAAUCAGCUAUACAGUGUCGCUGAUAUUAAUUCAUGUGCAGCCAAUUAUUAUUGCAUAUAAAUAUAUAUAAAACAUGAUAAAAUCUACUGAAGUUUAGAAAAUACACAACUAGAAUUGUAAAGAUCAGUAAACGUGCAGUGCUGCCAACUCUCCCAGUUAAUCCGGGAGAAUCCAGAUUUUGGACUAUUAUCUCCCGCUCUCCAGAUCAGAGAAUGAAAUCUCCUGGAUAAUCACUGAAGUAUACCAUUUCUUCAGAAGACUUGACUUUCCGACAAUAAAAUUUCAACUAUUUUGGGUCGUUUGAGCUAGUUUAAUAUUAAUGUUAACAUAGAACAUUUCCUUAUCAACUCCAGUAUGCCAUUGAUAUAUAAUAAUCUGAUUGGUUUUCGCGUGUUUUGUGUCAUCACAAAUUCGGUGACAAUCGGAGUCAGCAAGUAUUUUUUGCACAAAUGACAUCAUGUGAUGUCACAUAUGAUGUCAUUUAUCAUCCCUUUCCUAUAAUUUUAUUCUCAGUAUUUGAAGAUGUGGGGGGUUGACAGCCAUGAGUAAAUAUUACAUGGUGAUAAUAAAAAUGGAUAUACAGUUAAGUCAACCAGUGAAGCUUGCCACCGAACACUGAUGGUCACAUUUUUCUGCUUUAAGCUGGAAAGUGAUUGUUAGAAUAAAAAAUGAAAUCAUGGCGAUAAAGCUUAGGGUGGAGCAUAUUAGAGAAGUGAGUUAAAAGAUUUUUUUUACUGUUCAGAAGGGACACUUGAUCUGAUGGGGGUAUAAUUCUUUAGAGAUAUUGUAUUGAUGAUGAUCAAGGACACUAUUUAAAAUUACAAGAUGAAGACCUUGACAACUGCACGGAGGUAUCAGAGAAUAUGUACGGUCUUAAUAUUAUUAUUUUGUUGUUGACAUUAGGAGACUUCUCAGGUCAUGGAAUGUGGACAAGCUAUGCUGGCCCUCAGCGAGUGCUGGACAACAUUGCCACAGUCAGUAAACAGAUGCAUUCAAGAUUUCCAAAGAUUCCCAUUUUUCCAAUGAUUGGAAAUAAUGAUCUCCCAGGCCACUAUGUUUUACCUAAGGCUGGUGACGACUGGUAUCAAAAGGUGCUGUCUUCUUGGGAAUCACUUAUAAUGUGCUCUGAGUGCCCUGGCAGUGUAAAGAAGCCUACAACCCAAGCUAUUUUGCAGGAAAGCUUUUUAGAGGGUGGAUACUAUAAUGCAAGCAUUGCAGGUAACCAGUGCCAUACCAAGAUUAUCAUUAAUUUUUAGCAUGUCAUGUGUUCAUAAAAAAUCACCGCUCACAAAAAGGUGCUGUAUGCAUUGAAAAUCACUUCCACUAAAAGGUGCAGUACUGGCAUUAAAGGUAAUUUUCACUCAUACUGACCUUAAAGUGCAAGCAUUGUAGGUAAUCAGUGCAAUACCAAGAUUAUCAUUAUAUUUGUGUGUGUUCAUAUAACCGAGAGUGAAAAUCACCUUUAGCAAGAAAGUGGGGAAUGCAAUGGAGGAUACCAUUACCCUUUACUCAUGGGUGUGGUGGUGGUGCAGGGUGUGGUUUGCUGCACCUGAGUAUUCCUUAAAAAAAUUGUUUGUUUGGGGUAUUCAUUCUAUCUGUUAAAAUCCCCAACCAUUUUUAAAACUUGAGAGAAUUGGGACCGUUGAAAAAUGUCACUUGGGAAAAUGCAAAUAAGACAGUUUAAAAUUUUACUGAGAGAGUGCUAAUCAAGAGAUUCUCUUUCUUCUCUGCACCCGCGUCUUGCUUCAUUUUUAGUUACAUUGUCACUGACAAUUAAAAAAGUGUGAGAAUUUAUUUUACAUGGCCAAAAUGACAGUUACCUUUGAAACCCAACCUCAAGGGUAUCCCAUGUUCAGUUCGAACUCCAAAACAACUUCUCCUCUUGAUAGCAAUUCAACAACAACUUUAAUAUUCCAUUGCGAAUAAAUCUUACAGACUUCAGACUUCAAUUUUCUUUGAGAGCAAAAAGCACAUGAUAUUAUACCGCAUAAUACUAAAGCAACAGAAUGUCCUGGGUAAGGUCAUUACAUUACAAGUCUUGUCUCACGUAGGGUCGAGACAAUCUACUGUUUCAGGUUCGGCCCAGAACACCCCACCUUUCCUUAUUUUUCUAAUGGGCGUGAUUCUAUCUUGUUAUUCUAUGCAAUUGCCCUGAUCCCCCCUAAUUGCCCGCGGCUCCCUGGAAAAUGUCAAAUGGUAAAAUAAAACAAAAAGCUCAAAUAACAUUUUGAUGCCAAGAAGAAGAGUUGUUCUGGUGUUUAAACACACAUGCAUUUGCUUUUAAUUACAUAACGGCCACUUGAUAUUUUUAUAUGACGGUGACUGACAGAGACCUGUCACCAGUGAUGUUUACCUUCUCAAUGUAUUUUCUUUUUUCUAGAUGGAAAAGUGGUCCUGCUAGUAUUGAACAGCCUUUAUUGGUCAGCAGCGGUAAAUCGAAGUGUGGAAACCGAUCAGAAGGCUUCCAGGCAAUUGGUUUGGCUGGAAAAUCAAUUAAAACUUGUUAAGAGUCAUGGACAAAAAGCCAUGUUGGCCAGCCACAUCCCUGCAGGGUGAGAUACUCUUGAACUGAUGCCGGGAUAUUUUUAUGGCAUAUUUCUGCUCGUUGCUAUUUUAAAGGGACAGGUUCAUGGUUCAGCACAUUUUUCUAAUUUAUUAUUAAUUCUAUCAGUUAAUAAUCCCACUCAAAUGUAUCCCAGCGAUCUGAGAGUGUAUUUCAAAGAAGAAGUGUAUUUCAGAGUAACCUGAAGUAGGAUGGAGGAGUACUAAAAUUGCAGAAAAAUUAAUGGAGCUGUUUGCACCUGAGUUGAUCAAGUGACUUCCAGGGGAGUGUGCAGAUUGGUUCUUUGACAGCAUUAUGACAUGAUCAUAUUGCUUUCGUAGAUGAUACAGCAUGUCCCGGCAGAAAAAUAGUAUUUUGGUUAACGAGCACGUUCUGAACUGUGAACCUGUCCCUUUAACUUCCCCAAAGAGUGAAUCCCUUGUUGAUGAUGAUCUUCUUUUUUUUUUCUCUUUUUUAUUAGUAUCGACACAUUUAGCAGCAAGCCUUACUGGUUCAAUAAUUAUACUGAAAUCUACGUGCGACUUGUGGCAAAGAACUACAGUGAUGUAGUAAUUGGUAUGUAGCUGAUAGAUGCUGUUUUCCAUUUAUGUUUGGAAACAAAUGCAAACCUUCAACUUUACGAUUGUCUAUUUAAGAACCAGGGGCACCCAACGAGAAUAAAGUUCAAAACCACUUAAGCAUAGCAUUGCUAAACGUGUUUUAGUAUUUAAACGGUGGAUGUGGGCAUAUUUUUAUCCCCUAUAAAUUUUUCAUCUGUUCGGAUUUCCUAGCUGAAAGUCUAGUCAUCCGAAAAUUAUAGGGAUCAAAACUUACCUGUUCGAAAAUUUCAGCCAGAAAAAAGGCUCCCGAAAAUUCUAGGUGACCUUUUUAGGGUAAAAAUCCGUUGAAGAUGGGCAAUUUUACCUUUUUUUAGAUGUUCGAAAAUCCUAGGAGAGGCAAGCAAGCAAGAAAUUUUACAACAAAUGUUCCGAAAAUUCUAGAUCUCAAAUCGUCUUCCGAACAGAUAUUUUCCCGAAAAUUGUCGUUGGGUGCCUUUGAAGAACGAUUUCUAUCCAUUAUAACUUAAACUGGACAUAGCCUUAUUGACCAGGUGUGAACACCUCAGUUUCACGGUGAAGUUCGCAAAUGAACUGUAGCAUUUAAGUGUUUUCAUACUUCGUUCUGUAAAUGACAACAUUUCCUUCUGUUUCGUCUAGGUCAGUUCUUUGCCCAUUCGCAUAAAGAUGACUUUCGUCUCCAAAUGUUUGAACCAGAGACCAGUAUCACAGCAAAGUCCUUUGUUCUACUUGCUCCCGCUAUCUCCCCUGUUUACCACAACAAUCCGGCUUUCAGAUUGGUCUCUCUUGACACAGAUCAACAGUCGCUAGCAGAUUACACCCAGUACUACAUGGAUCUAGUCAUGGCUACACGUGAGUUUUGAUUUAAUAAAGUUAAUAAAGAUUUUUCUAGAGUAGAAAUCUUUCUUUGUAUCCGCGCGGCUUUGCACUUUUUUCAUCUUCUUGAAAAGAUUGGCAUUCAUGUGAUUUGUGGCAUUUUUCUUAAAUACAACUCAGUAAACUGACCUCUUCUUGCAGCUUCAAACUUGGCUAUCAUUGUUAUGAACAAGUUACUAUUGUGAAACAAUGAACGAGCCUGUCAUACACAUUUCACCGUGAAUGACAUUAAGCAAUUAUUGGAUAGCACUGAGUAUGAUAUGAAGGAUUAUGCAGAUCGUGGAGGAUGUAUUACAGCUAACUCUCUUUAAGCCAGACUCCACUGCGAGCCGCUUUACCCCUUAAGCUCUGAUAUGCACAUACAAAUUCUCCAAACUGAUCAUAAUCAUUUGUAAAAUUUGCUAUCCUUCAGAAUUCUCAAAUCCAGUGUGGCAAGUGGACUACACCUUCAGCAAAAAGUAUCCUUCGAAAAACACUCUAAUCGAUUCAGAGCGAAUCUACGAACUGAACGAGCAGCUAAUUAACCAGACAAGCGAUACAUUCUGGAAGGGAUAUGCUUUCUCGCGAGAGACGAACUACCAGCCAAUGCCUUAUAAUCGUUUCACGUUGUACUGCGGGAUGCGGUUCGUUGAUUUCCAAAAUUUCCAGAAAUGCACUCAGAAAUAUAGUGUGCCUGGUGGAUGAAAAUGCUUUUUAAGUUAAUGUCUUUAUUUCUAUGUAAAAAAGGCCAAAUUGUAUUGUAUUGUCCUUGAGAAAAUGGAAAGGCAUGACUU